UGUUCCGGUAUGAGGGCAGGAUCGUGCGCAUAGACUGCAUUCGGGCGCAGCUCCUCGCUUUUCUCCCCCCUCCCCGUUGCCCGUGACACGCACCUCCGAGCAAGAAAAGCCCACUUUGCUGAUAAUGGAUUUUACAACUUGAUGAUUCCUCCUUUGGUCGGCUGGUGACUGGAAUAUUAGUCGGUGUACCGACAGAACGAACUGGUAUAUCGCCACACUGCAGUGCAGCACUGGUGAACGACCUUAUUCCAAUCACGCAACACAAGGAAGAGCGCCGGUGAUUUCCGUGGAUUUUGAGCUCUGUGGGUUGCUCUCUGGCAGUCACCGCCACUGCGGUCGCUGGGGAAUAAGCUAACGAGCUAGCCUUACCUCAAAAGAAACCCUGAAUUAGCUAGCUACAUGGGCUAAUGUCGUCCAGUUAGCUAGCGCAACAAAAUAAUUUGUGAUUCUCACCUGCCAUGUGACCAUUUUACAAGGUGCUGCUUUUAUUUUUAGGAUACCCUGGCCCCGGAUAACUCACUGGGAAUAUUUGAAUUUGCUUUGUGAGAGUUGGGAAGGUCGAGACCUCGCUGGGAAAUAACUUUGGCCCGAAAGUUUGUAGACCUCGGAACUGGUUUGAAGACCUAAAAGGAAACAUCUCUGCCACAAAAGGAGAAAGACAAACGGCGACACUGCGCGAUGAAAACGACGCCGUGUCAACAUUUGCUGUAGAUUUUGGCAAGCGGUCAUUGGUUCCUCAAACCUCAGUUGUCGACCUUACAAGUUAGCACGAUAGCCACCAAUCUGAACCUUGUCUUCUUUCAAUACAACCAUUGCCCAACUUUUUCUUCAGGCUAGCAUAAGUAGCUAGCUGGUCAAAACGUCACAGCACCAGGUAGUUAGCUCGCGUCUUACAUCCGUGCUAUACCUCACUGUUCGCUAUCGACGCAGAUCAACUUGAACUGGGAACUGAAUGCCUUCACACCCAGGCCGGAGCUGAAGAAAACAUUAGUUUUUCCCAUUUUCUGCUUGUUGACAAACAUGAGACCUUCGGUUGCUGCUGCUAGCUAGUUUCGAGCUAGCUGGCUAACUCGGCUAGCCGCUGAUGGUGGGAUUCAACUUGUUGAUUCACAGGCUGUCUGUCGCGCUGCUAGCUGGCUAGCACUGGACAUCUGUUGGAGAUUUUCCUCAGCUAUCAACUACACAAGUUUUAAAUGCUCAGCAGAGACUGACGAAUCGUACUAGUUUCAAGGUUCCUUGUCCAUUUUUUUAUUUUUAUUUUUUUGGCAACACAGACUCCUUCAAAAAUGUCAACAAGGCCCCCACUGGUUCAAGUCAUUGAAAAUUCGGCCGGGCAGGAGUCCAAGUUAUCAUCUGGCCGCUCCAGUACGUCGCGAGGUCGAAACUCCGUGGCCACGACCACAUCAGACGAGCAGCCGCACAUCGGUAACUAUCGGUUACUGAAAACCAUUGGCAAAGGCAACUUUGCCAAGGUCAAACUGGCACGACACGUCCUCACCGGAAAAGAGGUGGCUGUAAAGAUCAUAGAUAAGACACAGCUCAACUCCUCCAGUUUGCAAAAGCUCUUCCGGGAGGUGAGGAUCAUGAAGAUGUUGAAUCAUCCCAACAUAGUCAAGCUCUUUGAGGUGAUAGAAACAGAGAAGACUUUGUACCUGGUAAUGGAGUACGCUAGUGGAGGAGAGGUCUUUGAUUACUUGGUGGCUCAUGGCAGGAUGAAGGAGAAGGAAGCCCGUGCCAAAUUCAGACAGAUUGUGUCAGCUGUGCAGUAUUGCCAUCAGAAGUGUAUAGUACACAGAGACCUCAAGGCAGAGAACUUGCUGCUGGACGCAGACAUGAACAUCAAAAUAGCCGACUUUGGCUUCAGUAAUGAAUUUACUCUGGGGAACAAGCUGGACACGUUCUGUGGCUCUCCGCCGUACGCUGCUCCAGAGCUCUUCCAGGGCAAGAAGUACGACGGGCCUGAGGUGGAUGUCUGGAGCCUCGGAGUGAUCCUCUACACACUGGUCAGCGGCUCGCUGCCCUUCGAUGGACAAAACCUCAAGGAACUGAGAGAGCGCGUGCUACGUGGUAAAUACAGGAUUCCUUUCUAUAUGUCCACCGACUGUGAGAACCUGCUCAAAAAGUUCCUCAUCCUGAACCCUUCAAAAAGAGGCAGCCUCGAGCAGCAGAUAAUGAGAGACCGGUGGAUGAAUGUGGGCUAUGAGGAAGAGGAACUCAAACCCUACAUCGAACCUCAGCCAGAUUAUAAGGACCCCAGGAGGACAGACAUCAUGCUGCAGAUGGGAUUCUCUCAGGAGGAGAUCCAGGACUCGCUGGUGAACCAGAAGUACAACGACGUGAUGGCCACAUACCUGCUUCUGGACUAUAGGAACUCUGAGCUUGAUGAAGGUGGCAUCAAACCUCGGCCCGGAAGUGAUGUAAGCAACAUAAAUGCUCCCUCCCCGCUUCAUAAGGUACAGCGCAGCGUGUCAUCCAACCAGAAGCCUCAGAACCGCCGAACCACCGACCAGGGCUCCUCCUACUCCAAAAGGGGAGGUCAGACAGACAACCGGUCAGCAGGGGAGGAUUCUGGGAGGAAGGGUUCAUCAGGCAGCUCCACCACCAAGGUGCCGGCCAGUCCUCUGGCCUCGUCCGACCGCAAGAAGAGUGCCACACCCUCCACCAAUAGCAUCCUGUCCACCGGUACCGGCCGCAGUCGGAAUUCUCCUCUGACCGACAGAGCCACUCUUGACCAGAGCAUUCAGAACGGCAAAGACAGCCUAAACACUCCGGGUUCCCGCGCCUCCACUGCCUCAGCCGCUGCCGUCCUCUCCUCCUCCUCCUCCUCAUCCUCGCGUCCCCGCCACCACAAGUCCCUGUCCUCCUCCAAUCAUCCAUGCCCCUCUGACCUGCACGCACCACGGCCCAGUGCCCCGGCGCAGCGGGCACCCGGCGCCUCCCCUUCUGCCCACAACAUCAGCAGCGCCGCCGUGUCAGACCGUACCAAUUUCUCCAGAGGGGUGGGCAUCCGCAGCACGUUCCACGCAGGUCAGCAGCGGAGUGCCCGGGACCAGCAGGGCUCCGCCUACCCCGGCGGGCCUGCUUCUCCAUCACUGUCGCAUGGCAACAGCCAGGCCCGAAGAACACAUGGCGCCACGGGGAUUUUCAGCAAGUUCACAUCCAAGUUUGUACGCAAAAAUCUCUCGUUCAGGUUUCCGAGAAGGGGUCCAUAUGAGGGAGAGGGUCAUGAUGAGGGGAGCAGGUCUGUGCUGACCAGUACUGUAGACAAGUCCGAGAAGACGUCCGGUGGCUUGUCCUCCUCUUCUAACAACGAUGAGAACAACUCGUCCCCAGGAUCUGGAAACACUGGUGGCACUGGCACCCCUCCCGCCAUCUCUAGCCAGAAGGACCCCGUCAAGCCGCGCUCGCUGCGCUUCACCUGGUCCAUGAAGACCACGUCGUCCAUGGAGCCCACGGAGAUGAUGCGCGAGAUCCGCAAGGUGCUCGACUCCAACAGCUGCGAGUACGAGCUGCGCGAGCGCUACAUGCUGCUGUGCAUGUCCGGGAAACCGGCGCACGACGACUUCGUCCAGUGGGAAAUGGAGGUGUGCAAGCUGCCGCGACUCUCCCUCAACGGCGUGCGCUUCAAGCGGAUCUCGGGCACGUCCAUCGCCUUCAAGAACAUUGCCUCAAAGAUCGCCAACGAGCUCAAACUGUGAGCGCAGAGGAGCAGCGAAGAAGAGAUGCAAGGGUGAAGGAUGAGGGCGAGAGGAGUGAUGCUGUAGGUUGGGUUAGGACGUAAGCUAAGGGGUGGGAUCACUUUAAAAACGACACGAUUGUUACGUCAGGUCUGACGUCGGGCUGCCAGUUCUGAGACUAGAAAACUUUUUUUUUCUUCCCUAGAAGUUUUGUUCCAUAAGUUCCCCAAGGCGCUCGGAUUAGAGAGCCGGAGCCGAAUUCCUCUGAGUUGUGAAGAACUUACAGGCCGGUCUUCUUCUUCUCCACCCCCCUGUAGGGUGAGGGGUUUCUGUCACGUUCUACUUAGACGUUCCACUCUUCUGCAUGUCCGAUCUUCUUCUUCUCUGUUUUUUAGGAGGCACACUUUGACCACUCCUAUCAUUUCUUCCUGCUAUUUAUUCCGUUUUCUCUGCACGGUUCUGAUGCCAGAACGGGACAGGGUGGGGUGGGGUGGGGUCAGGCGGGUGGAUGGGAGAUCAAAGCAAACAGAGGGAUGCUGUGGGGGGAAUCUUUGCUCUGAAUGAUUGACAGAAAGUUCAGAAUGGAACGUGGAGCCUUAUUUUGCUGGAAAACUCAAAAGAAGUUUUGCUCUGAUUCUCCUCCAAACCUGAGUGGACUCCAGCCUGAGCCAGAACACACAAACACAUACACAAACACACACACGGAUUUUGGAUGGACAAACUCUGCUGUUAAAGAUUAAAGGACCCUCUCCACCCCCCCCCCCCCCCCCCCCCCCAAAAAAAAUCUAAUCCAUCCACCUUCCACCUCCCUCCUGCCCUCACACACUCUUCGCUGUCUCUUCCUCCGCCUUCAGACUGAAGUCAGCACAAGCACAUCCAUCUUUUCACCUUUUCACUCCCUUUCUCCCCCCCAUUAUGUUUUUUUUAAAUCUUUCACACAGUCACGUCCGAGGAGGCCAGUUGAUCCUGCGGGCUGCAGCUUUGUAAGUCCGUACUUUUAGUUCUGUUUUGUUUUUUUUUUUAACUGAAUUUCUUUAUUGGCUUUUAAAGAGUUGUGCACUGGAAAAAGAUCAGCAUCUUAUUAGAGGGGAGGACUGAUGAUGGAAUUUUUCUUUUCAUUUUAAAGUUGCCUUUCUUUUGAAGAAUCAAAUCUGGGCGUUUGUUUUCAUUGCCAUUUGUCAGCACAUAAACGCUCAGAUGAUUUCUGGUUUCCUAUGGUUUUUUUGGUACCUCUUGGUUGGCAUCACGCCUUCGUAUCCAGAAUGUCAACCCAGUACCGACGCAUUUCUACCCCAGCCCGGUGUUCCCAAAGAGCAGACACACAAGUCGGUGGUUGUUGGUAUGUGUGCGAGACUGUGUUGUAAGAGAUCACUGGAAAAAAUAAAAAGCAACAAAAACGAUUAAGGACGACAUCGACGACGAAUGGUGAAUUAUUUUCUUCUACUUUUGAUUUGAUAAUAUAUUUUUGUGUCGUCGAGUUUGUACAGAUUUGGGGCACAGUGAAGGCUCACUGUCAGAUCGCAUCAUCGCUGCCUUUUUUUUUUGUUUGUUUUCUUGUCUCCCCCCCCCCCCCCCCCCCCACCCCC